AUUGAUUAUUUUAGUAGUAGAAAAUAUAAAACGCAUUUGACGUGACGUCGGUCAGUGACACAAAAUCAAUUUUAUUGUUGCGAUAUUUGGCGAACUCUGAAAGUGGGAGGAUUUAGUCCAUAUCAUUAAUUCUUAUUGAAAUAUCCUUUCCAAGACUUUAUAAACUCUCAAAAUGUCUCGACAGACUUCUCGCCUGGACGCUAAGAAAGUUAAUUCAGAGCUUCUUACUCUUACAUAUGGAGCGUUGGUCUCUCAAAUGUUGAAAGAAAUUGAGAAUCCAGAGGACGUGAACAAACAAUUGGAGAGAAUUGGUUAUAAUAUGGGUGUCAGGCUGAUUGAAGAUUUUCUUGCUCGGACUACGUCAACACGGUGUUUGGAGAUGAGGGAAACUGCAGAUAAGAUACAACAGGCUUUCAGACUCUACCUUAGCAUGCAGCCUACCGUCACCAGCUGGAGCAGUUCAGGAGACGAGUUCUCCCUCGUCUGGGACCAGUGCCCACUAUCCGAGUGGGUAGAGAUGCCCAACAAUGGGCUGAAGUACUGUGGCCUAAUCCCUGGAGCCAUUAGGGGUGCCCUGCAGAUGGUACAGCUUGAUGUGCAGUGCUGGUUUGUGCAGGACCAGUUAAAAGGCGAUGCAGUAACGGAACUGCGGGUCAAAUUUAUCAAGAGAUUAGAAGACGCUGUACCUGCUGGCGAAGAUUAAACACUCAUAAUAUUAUGUAUCAAUUUUAUAAUAUCGAAGACCUAACAUUAGGUAUACUUACUAUUUGAUGUGACAGUCUUACUGUAUAGAAAUUAUAUUUCAAGACUGGAGGAUACCAUGUAAUACAUUGACGCGUUAAGUGCAUUAGGGAGAAAAUUAUGUAAGUCAACGCGUGACGAAAAAAA